CGGCGGACAAAGACCCCGCCGAGUUGCCGAUUCACUAGAUCAACUUUUGAAUUUCAUUCGUGGGAGGCAGUGACUACGGAAGUGAUGGCAACCCCUACCAUCCAAGUCAUUCGAUGAGCUACAUAUAGAUAGUCUUGUGGCCCUCUGAAGUGUCACCAGUCCAAAGUAUAGGAUACACGCAGUGAAAAAUACGAUUGCCUUUGUUGUUACCGGGUGCCGUCGGCCAGGACUUGGGGCGUGAUUUCCUACCCUUCCUACUGCAUCGCUGUUCGUCUUACCUCGCUCGCCUGUUGCAUCAACAAUUCUUUUAUAGGCCCAGGGAGUUGCUCCUUUGAACAAUGAACGCUAAUAUAGACAACGAGAUACAGGUCGACAAGCUCAUAGAAGAAUGUCGACUGGAUACGCUAAAUGGCAGACCUCAAAGUGACCAGAACAAGACUCGGAUCGCCGAGUUUUUCAAUAUUCUUAGCUCAAAUCUGAGCAUCCGUUAUAUUGCGAAAGUCAUAUUACAGACUGGGCGCAGUAACAGAAUCACAUAUGACUCGGUAGCGGAUCAUGCAUGGGACGAUGAAACCCCUCAAAUUAUCCUCAAACCAGGUCCAAUUCCAUGUCAUUCAUCGGUCGGAGGCAUCAAAUUCUGCACUGAGCUUUGCCGCAUUUUCGCCACUUUUGCCUCUUACGGGGCCGGUACGAAGAGCGAGGAGUCUCUGAGCGUCCUUGGACUCUCUUUCUUAGAGGUUGUCAUGAGGGCACAGGAAGGCUGUCCAGUUGCAAAACUCAUAGUAUCGACCAUGAUUCAAAGGAAAUCAGGGGUUUCCACGCGUUCGCAGCUUCAAUACUGGACUGAGAAUGGAACUGAGAAAGUGUAUUUGCGAUUCCAACCCGUGUACAAUGCGGUUUACAUUUACCUCCACCAUCCCACCCGCGUUCAUGGAAGAUAUGAAUUCUGCGGAAUCAUCAACGUAUGUGCUGUGCCAGGCAGCAGACCAGCCCAGUUCAUACAACGCCUACCAGUCAAUACGAACCUAAAUUCAAUCUCGAUAAUGCAUAUGCUACGUAAUACCAUUGAUGAAUGCUUGUAUAGCCCGGAACAUGUUCAUUGCCGCAUGGGUACCGACGAAGAAAAGCCUCUUCUACCAUCAAGAGUGCUUGACGUAGGUCUACUCAAUGACGAUGAUACCGCAUUGAAACUGGUGAUGCUUCCGGGUCAAAGAGCAGAGUACGCAGCGUUAAGCUAUUGCUGGGGGGGGAAGCAGGAUUUUGAGACGAGAAGUGAUACCCUUGAUUUGAACUUGAAGUCAAUUGCAUACGAUCUACUGCCGCUUACCAUUCAAGAUGCCGUGCGCUUUACUAGAGCCCUUCGCAUUCAGUACCUUUGGGUUGAUUCCCUAUGCAUUCUUCAAGAUAGUCAAGAGGACAAAGAUGAAGAGCUUAGAAAGAUGGCGGAUAUCUACAACAAGUCUACAGUCACUAUAUGUCCCGCCGCCGCCACCUCAUCAAGAGACGGGUUCCUGGGGCAGAGCCAAACCGGAGUACAUAACUCGCUGACUAUAGCCCUUCCACUAAUGCUUAGUCACGACAAAACUUCGAAGACAGAGGUAGUGUAUCUCCAACCCGGCAUCGGCGACGGGCCAAAAUCCCAAAGUGAUAAAAGAAUAUGGCCGACAGAUCGCCGUGCCUGGACAUUCCAAGAAAAAUUCCUUUCACCUCGAAUCAUUACUAUUUUUGACGUAGGAUAUCAAUGGGAGUGUCUGAGAUGCUCAUUCAACGAAGAGGAUGUCGCAUGCAACGGGAAGUGGAUUGAUGGACGACGACUGGAUCUCCUUCAAACUCUCUUUCCAAAAUCCAAAACGCUUGACUCACAUCAGAAACAGACCCUAUUUGAGAAUUGGCACUUAAACGUUGUAUCCGACUAUUCAGCUCGCUCGUUAUCUUUCCAGGAGGACAAGCUCCCCGCCAUCUCCGCUGUCGCCCAAGUCUUCCAAAAAGCAUUGAACGACGAAUACAUAGCCGGGAUAUGGUUAUCCCGUAUUCGGGAGGGUCUCUCUUGGUGUUGCAGACCAAAUUUCCAGAUUCAGCAACGGCCCCCUGGGCCGUCAUGGUCAUGGGCAUCUGUUCCAACACCCGUCCAAAUGACGCCGCUGAAGUAUGGUGAGGGAGAAGCGAAGAUUCAGUUUGAAUUGGUGGGCCACGACAUUGAAUUCGUCAAUCCCGCGAUGCCAUUAGGAACGGUUCGCCAUGCGAAAUUGAGGAUUCGCGCCCCCCUGAGGCGACUCAGUUCGGCUGUCCUUCGCAAGUUCUUGUUGCCAUCUUUAAGCCAUCUCUGUUGCGGCUGUGAACCCAGUCCAAGAACUGAAGGAGCAGGAUGGAUCUUCGCCGACAAUAUAACGUAUGACCAGAAUUGGUUCGUUCAACAGCAAUGUAUCUUCUCUCUGAAGCUAUCCUCUCACGAUUACGGGCACACAGCAUGCGAUUCUUUCAUGUUUUCGGAAGCUGGAUUGCUCCUAAGACUGGUAGACGGACAUAACUCCGACGAUGAAAAGCAAUUGAUGCGCAUUGGAUAUUAUAGGAUCUGGUCCGAAGGGUAUCUUGUUGAUCACAGCUUUGAAUCCAAUCUCCAGCUGGUUAAACAAUGGGCUGAUUCUGAUGACAGUCAGCUGCACCUCUUCACCUUGAUAUAGAGGAAGAGUGAUGGGGUGCAACUAGCAAGUCGAAUUCUGAUUCUAUGUACAAAGUGCAUUCGCUGAGUCAUUGGCCUUGCGGAUGUAUCCGCCGGUGGCCAAGCCGUUCACGAAAAGUGUGCAAAUUCGAAUGGAUCCCCGUAGUGAUGAACCAUGCUAGGGAGGCAGCAAAGUGGUCUUAGUUCCGGUCAUAGACGGACAGGGCGAAUUCGUGUUAGAAGUUCUUUAAGCCAUAUUUACAUUUUGAGCUGCAGACUAAAUAGUUCUUUAUCUGUUAAAUUUUCGACGCUUGUGAUGGUUACAUCAUACCCUCGGAUUGAAGUUGCAAAUUUUUAUUAUGUAUUAUAAAAAUAGUCUUAUAUUAUAGGUGACUUUAGUUUUAUAUGUUUCCAUACUA